GCGCUCCCUAAUCCCACGGUCGACUCCACACUAUCCACAUUCGGAGCAAGACGUUUGCUUUAGUUCAGUAUAUUUUGCCGUACGCACUUGUAAUAACUGUUCAAUUAUAGGCGAGCUAAAUUAGCGUUGUGAUAGGACCCCACUGGAAUUUGUUUAGCAACUCGCGGGAAAAGUUUGGAACGCAUGCACUCGCUACAAAGUUGCAAACAACGUUUUUUUAAUGGAUGCUUCGGCUGUGAAGUUCGGAAAGGGGGCGCAGGCUGGGGUCGUAGGCUAUCUGAUCUGACUUUAUAAACAGACAGUAUCCUGUUGCGAGCAGAGUCAGCUGGCUCACGGAGGAGAGAACGGAGCUUCUUCUCGCUAUUAUUCGGAUCUUUGUCCAUUCCGGAGUAGGCCUAGGCAUAAUUGCUUCCGCAGGAUAGCUAACACAUUACGGGAGAAACUAAUUCAACUUCAGGUCGGGAUCUUCACGUCAGAAUACCGCUUGACAGUGCUCUCUCUCCGCUGCCUGGACUGGACAGAAGCUUGGUAAUCUUUUACUUCGAGAGUGACGAGGGUUUGGAUUUAAUCCUUUCGUUUCAAUUGUUUACUGUGAUUAACAUUGUUUUUAUUGGCUAGCCUACUUUUUAUUUUAUUUUGGACAGAACUUUUUUUGUGACAGUUGUGGCUCGAAUCUUAAAUCAGAUCAUAGUUUAUACACAUUUUGUAAUUCACUUCAAGAUGGAUAAAUACGACGAUUUGGAUCUUGAGGCAAGUAAAUUUUUAGAAGACCUCAAUAUGUAUGAGGCAUCUAGGGACGGGUUGUUCCGAAUGAAGAGGGAUGCAGGGAACAACUCCGACUUUGAAGAAACCAGGAGGGUUUUUGCCUCCAAAAUGACAAAAAUCCACAUACAGAAACAGCAAGAGGAAAUAGCCAAAAACAAUUUGGCAGUGAGAAUGAACGGGGGUCAAAACAGAGCGGCAGACAGCACGUUUUACACCAAAGACAGGCCGCCUAUCAAUAGCUACAGACAGGCAGGAGAAGCUGCGGCCAAGCCUCCCAUACUCUCUGGCCCUUUGCCAGGCACCGCCAGUGGCGCGAGUCAGUACGCUCCCUAUGACGCUCUGAAACACCAUUCACCCAGUCAACAGCCAUACAGCUACGGAAACAAUUACGAUAACAAGGACCGUUUUGAGCCGCAUUCUUACCACCACGCCUUGAGUCCCACCAGCCCAGGGAAUGCACCCACACAUGCUUCUGGUCACCCUGCCAGUCCCUCUGUCACUUGGGCCUCUUACUCUUCCAGCCCUGGUGGAUCAUCAGGGCUUAUGUGCAGCCCACCUCAGCAGCCCCCACACCACUCACCAUCUCCCUCCUUCUCCGACAGCCUACCAUCUCCGAGCCCCACUAGACUGCACCAGAGCAAGGCUGCCACUCUACUAGUGCGGCAGAGACCCCCCAUGGUGGCUGGGGCUGCAGCAGACUGGAUGCGGAGCUUGGGGAACCCAGAGCUGAUUGCACCGCUCCCUCUGAGUGCCUUCACUGGCGGAGCUGACCUGUACCAGCAUCUGUCUCCACAACCUGCCCCUGUUACACCGCCAACAGGCCCUUACUCAGCAGCACCCUGCAUGGCCCCAAGACCAACCGCCAACCAGGGAAAUCUACGCCAGAACGGGCUCUCUCAGAGUCCUGUGGUUCUCACCCCCAGCCCCACCCCUGCUCAAGGGGCUGUCCCAACCCCACCUGUACACCCAUCUGAGACAGCCCAGCCCAAAGUCACUACUGGAGCUUACUUCCCUGCCUCUGCCUCUCCCUCUGGAACCAGUGUCUCUAGAAGCUUUGGCCAGGGUCAAGGUAUAGGCCAGGCCCAGGGCAGGCAAGUGGCCAUGGGGGUGGAUGUGCCCUCUGGCCUAGACAGCCAGCUGUCCUCUGGUGGUGAGGCUUGCCAGCUCCAACACCAGCCCCAGUCUCUCAAACUGCCCUGCCAGACUCUCCAUGUCCAGCCAGAGCAGGGGCCGUCUGCCGCCGAGAUCAAAUUAGAAGCCCUGACCAAGCGUCUGGAGAAGGAGAUGGACGCCCAGCCAAAGGCAGACUACUUCGGGAGCUGUGUGAAGUGUAACAAGGCGGUGUACGGAGCCACUGCUGCCUGCCAGGCUAUGGGAAGCCUCUAUCAUGAUGUCUGCUUCACCUGCAGCGCCUGCAGCAGAAGGCUACGGGGGAAAGCAUUUUACUACGUCGGUGGGAAGGUGUUCUGUGAAGAGGACUUUCUGUAUUCUGGAUUCCAGCAGUCUGCAGACAAAUGUAACGCAUGCGGACAUCUGAUCAUGGAUAUGAUCCUGCAGGCCCUUGGGAAGUCUUACCACCCUGGCUGUUUCCGUUGUGUCAUCUGUAACGACAGUCUGGACGGAGUGCCCUUCACUGUGGACACAGAGAACAAGAUUUACUGUGUCAAAGACUAUCACAGGGUCUUGGCCCCCAAAUGUGCAGCAUGUAACCAGCCCAUUCUGCCUUCAGAGGGCUCUGAUGAAACCAUCCGAGUGGUAUCCAUGGAUAAAGACUACCACGUGGAGUGCUAUCACUGUGAAGACUGUCAGAUGGAGCUGAACGACGAGGAGGGGCACCGCUGUUACCCGCUGGACGGGCACCUCCUCUGCCACACCUGCCACCUGAAGCACAUCGAGCCGGGCUGCGCCUCACCCACCGCUGCCUCCUACCAGCACCAGUUCUAGUUUUAGGAUCUAGUGCAUGGUGCCACCAGGUGGCCCUCUGAACUAACUGCCAAUAACCAACCACAACCAAUCUGCCCAAAAAAAUGUCUAUAAUGGUUUGAAUGAUAAUGUAUGCCUUUACUGUACAUCUCUGAUGUAAGUGUGGUCCCUUUAGGGUUAAUUGUGCGAUUGGUUGAUUGAUUGAUUGAUUGAUUGCGUGUGUGCAAGUGUGGGAGUGUGCUUGUAAAUGAGAUAGACCUGUUAUUAUUUUUUUAAUGAAAAAAUCUAUUUCUCUAUCGAAGACAUGGUUUAUUAGUUGUAAAGUGUUGAACUUUCAUCUGACACGAAUGUUAAUACUCUGGAAAUAUUUUUUUAAUAUAUGUAUAUUUAAAUACCAAUGCCAAAGCACAGUUGUAUUUUAAUGACUGAUACCAAAACAAUUAAGCAUGGAAUUAUAACAAUACAAUUUAUAGUCUCAAUUAGGUGCAUUGUGUGUAAAUAAAUAUGCAUUUCAUGUGCUUGUGUAAAUAUCCUGAUCUUCAUUUUCCCCUUUGUGUGCCACCAAUUUCAGUUGCUCAGUUUGAAUCAAUGUGUUUGUAGAUACUGAUACAGUAGAAAUAGUUUGCAUAGCUGAAUAGAGCAAUUGCCCAGUUUUGUAGUAUGUCUCUGUGUGUGGGUUAUGAAGGUGCGUUUCCAUGAAUUUUUUUACUAGAAAUACCUUCAUUACUCAUUUUAGCUAAUAUGCAGGUAUUGUCUAGAAAGUCAAAGUUAGCAAUUCAAUACACAAACUGUACAUGGUCCUUUUAUUGUUCCAUGUCAGUGGGAAUCAUGUUGAAUUAGUAUUACAUUUCUAUUGUUAAAUGAACCCUGGAUGUUCUGUUCCCAACACUGAUACUGGGCUAAUAUUCCCACUGUCCUCUGUCACACACCACUCAUAGAAUAUACUUUCUAUUGCAUUAUUAACCCAAAUAUAGCAGUUAUGUUAUGUCUGGGUCAACAAUGUUUCCAAAAUCCCUGCACACAAUUACCACCCAAGAAAAUAAAUAACUAGGUUUAUUCUAUUCCAAUAAACCCCCAAAUUCAAUAUCUAUGAACAACCCCUGAUAACCCAUUUUGGUUUGUAGUGACAAAAAAAGUGACUAAAAGAUUAAGUUUCAGUAGGCUUAGUCUAUCAUAUUUCAUGAUUUAUUAUAUUUAUCCUUGUUUGGAAAAAAUCCCAUGGUCAUUAAUCAUAUGUUCAAAGUAUGUGACGUAUGUGAAGUAUUCCAGUCGUUUACUGUAUUUGAAAAUGAUUUGAGAGAUGUCCAUAUCUAAUAUUUAACUAAAAUAAAUGCAUUGUAAUAGAUUG